AUGGCUGACAAGCUGGAGGAUAAAUACUCCAGCUCCCUCACCCCUCAGCUCAGUGCGGAGCCAGCCUAUGCUCCCAGUGUGGCUCCCUGGUACCCGAUUCAGAGAGAGCAGAGUAAUCCUUGUGCGCAUACUGGGAGCAUUGAUGUCUGGCCUAGUCCAUCUUGUGGUGGCCUGAGGGACUUGCCAUCUCAGAACUUGACCUGCGUGUUGAAAGCGAAUCACCAAGCUCUUCCUCAGAACACUGUGGGCAAACAGUCAAGUGGCUGCCUGGGGCAAAGGAUUGCUGGCUGUACAGCAAACAGAGGUCUAUAUACCGUGGCUCGUACAAAGCAGACUGCCUGCAAAUCGACCGGCGGUAAAGCAGCCAGGAAACAACUGGCUACAAAAGCCGCUCUCAAGAGUACGCCCUCUACUGGAGGGGUGAAGAAACCCCAUCGUUACAGGCCUGGUACUGUGGCACUCCGUGAAAUUAGAUGUUAUCAGAAGUCCACUGAACUUCUGAUUCGCAAACUUCCCUUCCAGCGUCUGGUGCGAGAAAUUGCUCAGGACUUCAAAACAGAUCUGUGCUUCCAGAGUGCAGCAAUUGGUGCUUUGCAGGAGGCAAGUGAGGCCUAUCUGGUUGGCCUUUUUGAAGACACCAACCUGUGUGCUAUCCAUGCCAAACGUGUAACAAUUAUGCCAAAAGACAUCCAGCUAGCACGCCGCAUACAUGGAGAAUGUGCUUAAGAAUCCUCUUUGAUGGGAAACAU